UCACUCAGAAAAAGACUCAGAAAAAUAUGCUUUAUCAUUUGGAAAAUGAUUUAUUCCGGCCCAGGACAGAAUGUUGUUUUGGCAAACAAUUAUUGCCUUCUUCAAAAAAUACUAAUCCUCUAUUCUCAUCUUUAUCAUCACAAUUAGCACCACAAAAUAAAACCAUGUCAAAAUCUUGGUCAAAAAAGGAGGGAUGUGUGAAAAAGGAAUUAAGAGGUAGAAAACAUAAAUAA